AGGGAGUGAAGGAGAGAGAGAGAAGAAGAGGAGAAAAGAGAGAAACAGAAAAAGAGACAGAGAAGUUCCUCUAGGCAUGUAGGCUCCUACACAACACCAUAACUCAGGCUCCAAGGCACACGCCACAAGGACUUAAUCUCAGAGGAGCCACUCAGCUUGACAACAGUACUAACAACUCUGGCCCAGGAGCACCAGUCACUGUGGACCCGACUGUAGGGGAACCGACGGAGUAGCUGCUUGCUUACCGCAGGAGUGGAGUGGUGUGGAGUGGAGUUGUGUGAGUGGAGAGAGGACCCUGACAGUAACGGGCGGCGUUUUUUGGGGGGGGAGAGAAACAUGCAUGGCAGGUCGGGCCGCAGCCCUCGCAAGGAGCCCGUCAUCACGGAGCCCUACCGCAAGCCGCCGCCGCUGGGGGAGAUGGAGGCGAUGGAAGGGGAGGUAGUCGCGGCUCCAACCGGGGUGAAGCCGAAGAUCAUCGAGCCGCUGGACUAUGAGAAUGUGCUGCUGCAGAGGAAGACGCAGAUCCUCAGUGAUGUCCUCCGAGACAUGCUGCAGUUCCCACUGGACGACUUCCAGAUGUCCAUGCUGCGGCGGCAGGGUCGCACGCUCUACCCCACCGUACCUGAGAACGCACGGAAGGAGGCCCAGAGUCUGUUCGUCAGAGAGUGUAUCAAGACCUAUAACUCUGACUGGCAUGUUGUCAACUACAAGUACGAAGAUUAUUCUGGAGACUUCCGGCAACUUCCCAACAAAGUCCCUCGGCCAGACAAGCUGCCCACACACAUAUUUGAGGUGGACGAAGAUGCAGACAAAGAUGAGGACACAGCAUCCCUUGGGUCCCAGAAAGGGGGAGUGUCCAAACACGGCUGGCUGUACAAAGGCAACAUGAAUGGAGCUAUCAGUGUCACUAUGAGAUCUUUCAAGAGGAGGUACUUCCAUCUGGCCCAGCUUGGUGACGGCUCCUACAACCUGAACUUCUACAAGGACGAGAAGAUCUCCAAGGAGCCCAAGGGCACCAUCUUCCUGGACUCCUGUAUGGGUGUGGUGCAGAACAGUAAGGUGCGGCGCUUUGCCUUCGAGCUCAAGAUGCAGGACAAGAGCACGUACCUGCUGGCCGCCGACACGGAGCUGGAGAUGGACGAGUGGAUCAGCACCCUCAACAAGAUCCUGCACUCCAGCUUUGAGCUCGCCAUGCAGGAGAAGAGGAACGGGGACCUGCACGACGACGAUGACCUGGGAAAGUCGGACAUCUCAAUUGGGAAUUUCCAGGACAGCUUUCAGAGUGCCAGAGACAUCGAGACCAAGAUGAGGAACGAGACCCGACUCAGGCUGUUCACCCUGGACCCCGACACGCAGAAACUUGAUUUCUCAGGCAUUGAACCAGAUGUGCGGCAGUUUGAGGAAAAGUUUGGCAAGCGUGUGCUCGUCAAAUGCAAUGAUCUGUCUUUCAACCUGCAGAGCUGCGUAUCCGAGAAUGAUGAAGGACCUACAACAAACGUGGAGCCCUUCUUCGUGGUGCUGUCGCUGUUCGACGUGCAGAACAGCAGGAAGAUCUCGGCCGACUUCCACGUGGACCUGAACCACCAGCUCGUCCGGCAGAUGAUCUCUCACCACGGCAACCAGCACAUCAACGGAGGGUCCGAGGGCACGGCGGUGGACGGGACGGUCAGCGGGCUGCCAGAGGGGGCGCUCAAGUACCCCACACAGGGUGUGUUCUCUGUGACGUGUCCACACCCCGACAUCUUCCUGGUGGCCCGAGUGGAGAAGGUGCUGCAGGGAGGCAUCACACACUGUGCUGACCCCUACAUGAAGAGCUCCGACCCCUCCAAGGUGGCCCAGAAGGUGCUGAAGAAUGCCAAGAUGGCGUGCCACAGGCUGGGCCAGUACAGGAUGCCCUUCGCCUGGGCUGCCAGGCCCGUGUUUAAGGAUGCCUCAGGGACCCUGGACAAGAGCGCCUCCUUCUCACCGCUCUACAGGCAGGACAGCAACAAGCUCUCCGACGAGGACCUGUUCAAGCUGCUGGCCGACUUCAAGAAGCCUGAGAAGAUGGCCAAGCUCCCAGUGCUGCUUGGGAAUCUGGAUGUGACCAUAGAUAGCGUUGCCCCUGAUGUCUCAAAUUGUGUGACAUCCUCCUACAUCCCCGUAAGACCCUUCACGUUGAACGGGCAGGGUGGUGCUCUGAUGGAGGUGGAGGAGUUUGUGCCCUGCAUCGCCAAGUGCUCCCAGCCCUUCACCAUCUACAACAACCACCUCUACAUCUACCCCAAGCACCUCAAGUACGACGGGCAGAAGUCCUUCGCCAAGGCGAGGAACAUUGCAGUCUGCGUAGAGUUCAGAGAUUCAGAUGAUGAUGACGCUCAGCCCCUUAAGUGUAUCUACGGCCGCGCCGGAGGACCCCUCUUCACCAAGCAUGCCUUUGCAGCGGUGUUGCAUCACCAGCAGAACCCCGAGUUCUACGACGAGAUUAAGAUUGAGCUGCCCACGCAGCUCCAUGAGAGGCACCACCUGCUCUUCACCUUCUACCACAUCAGCUGUGACAGCAACGCCAAGAAGAGAGAUGUGGUGGAAGCUCAGGUGGGCUCCUCGUGGCUCCCCCUGCUGAAGGACGGCAGGAUCAUCAUGAACGAGCAGCACAUCGCCGUGGCAGCCAACCUGCCCCCCGGAUACCUCAGCUGCCAGGAGGGCGUCACCAAGCACCCUGGCCCUGAUGUGAAGUGGGUUGACAGCGGGAAACUUUUAUUCCGAGUGUCCACUCACCUGGUGUCCACCAUCUACUCUCAGGAUCAGCACCUUCAUAACUUCUUCCAGCACUGGCAGAACAUGGAGAUCUCCCCUCAGGCAUCCGAUGGAGAACUGGUCAAGUUCCUCAAGAGCCUUCAUGCCAUGCAGGGUCAUGUGAUGAUCAACUUCCUGCCCACCAUCCUGAACCAGCUGUUCCACGUGCUGACCAGUGCCACCCACGAGGAAGUGGCCGUCAACGUGACCAGGGUCAUGGUUCAUAUAGUGGCCCAGUGUCAUGAGGAGGGGCUGGAGCACUACCUGAGAUCUUACGUGAAGUAUGUGUUCAGGCCUGAGCCCUACUCUGGCAGCAACAGCAAGAGCGUGCACGAGGAGCUGGCCAAGGCCAUGACGGCCAUCCUCAAACCCUCCACCGACUUCCUCACCAGCAACAAACUGCUCAAGUAUUCCUGGUAUUUCUUUGAGGCCUUGAUGAAGUCUAUGGCUCAGCAUCUGAUGGAAAGUGGCAAAGUUAAACUGUCCCGUAACCAGCGUUUCUCGGCCUCGUUCCACCACGCUGUGGAGACCCUGGUGAACAUGCUGAUGCCCCACAUCACCCAGAAGUACAAGGACAACCUGGACGCCGCCCGGAACGCCAACCACAGCCUGGCAGUGUUUGUGAAGCGCUGCUUCACUUUUAUGGAUCGUGGCUUUGUGCUGAAGCAGAUCAACAACUACAUCAACUGUUUCAUGCCAGGAGACCCUAAGACGCUGUACGAGUUCAAGUUUGAGUUCCUGAAGGUGGUGUGCAACCACGAGCACUACGUCCCACUCAACCUCCCCAUGCCCUUUGGCAAAGGCCGCAUCCAGAGGUUUCAAGAUCUGCAGCUGGACUACUCUCUGACGGAUGACUUCUGCAAGAACCACUUCCUGGUUGGGCUGUUGCUGCGAGAGGUGGGCGGGGCCCUGCAGGAGUUCGGGGAGAUCCGACACAUCGCCAUCCACGUGCUGAAGAGCCUGAUGAUCAAGCACGCGUUUGACGACCGCUACGUCUCCAAGAGCCAGCAGGCGCGGCUGGCCACCCUCUACCUACCACUGUUUGGGCUCCUGCAGGAGAACGUGCAUCGGCUCAACGUCAAAGAGAGCUCCCCCCUCAUCAGCAACACCACGAAUGGCCGAGAUGACCCUCUGUCAGCCGUCUCCACGGCAACCCCCCAGAGACCAGGAGGCAGCCUCGACAACAGCCUGCACAAGGAUGUGUUUGGGGUCAUUUCUGGAACAGCCUCCCCUCACGCCUCGUCCACGCCCAACAUCAGCUCUGUGAGGCACGCAGACUCCCGAGGCUCGCUAAUCAGCACGGACUCUGGCAACAGCCUCCCGGACAAGAGCAGCGAGAAGACCAACUCCCUGGAUAAGACGCAGUCCGCCUCUGCUCUGGGGAGUUCGCUGUUGCGCUGUGACAAACUGGAGCGGGACGAGAUCAAGAACCUGCUCAUGUGCUUCCUGAAUGUACUCAAGAGCAUGUCAGAGGAUGCUCUGUUUACAUACUGGAACAAGGCCUCCCCCUCUGAGCUCAUGGACUUCUUCACACUGUUAGAGGUGUGUCUCCAUCAGUUCAGAUACAUGGGAAAGAGAUUCAUCGCCAGGAACCAGGACGGGGUGGGCUGUGCGUCUGUGGACAGGAAGUCUCUGACCCUGCCUGUUUCUCGCAACAGAACAGGGGCACUGCACACACGUCUCCACCAGCUGGGCAGUCUGGAAAACUCACACACGUUUAACAACAUGUACUCCCACGGAGAUGCGGACCAGUCGGUGCUGGAGGCCAACGUGUCCACCGAGGUGUGCCUGACCGUACUGGACACACUUAGUGUUUUCAUCAUGGGCUUCAAGACCCAGCUGUGUGCAGACCUAGGCCACAACCCCCUGAUGAAGAAGGUGUUCCAGGUGCACUUGUGCUUCCUGCAGAUCGCCCAAUCAGAGAUCGCCCUCAAGCAGGUCUUCACAUCACUGCGCACCUUCAUCUACAAGUUUCCGUGCGCGUUCUUUGACGGGCGGGCGGACAUGUGCGCGUGGUUCUGCUACGAGAUCCUCAAGUGCUGCAACUCCAAGCUGAGCUCCAUCCGCAGCGACGCCGCCCACCUGCUCUACUUCCUCAUGAAGAGCAACUUUGACUACACGGGCAGGAAGUCCUUUGUCCGCACACACCUGCAGGUGGUCAUAGCGGUGAGUCAGCUGAUCGCGGAUGUCAUCGGGAUCGGAGGAACGCGCUUCCAGCAGUCCCUCUCCAUCAUCAACAACUGUGCCAACAGCGACAAGACCGUCAAGCACACAGCGUUCCCAUCGGACGUGAAGGACCUGACCAAGCGGAUCCGCACGGUGCUGAUGGCCACGGAGCAGAUGAAGGAGCACGAGAAGGACCCCGAGAUGCUGGUGGACCUGCAGUACAGCCUGGCCAAGUCCUACACCAGCACCCCGGAGCUGCGCAAGACCUGGCUGGACAGCAUGGCCCGCAUCCACGUCAAGAACGGAGACCUGUCCGAGUCGGCUAUGUGUUAUGUGCAUGUCGCUGCGCUGGUGGCAGAAUACCUGAGAAGAAAAGGAAUGUUCCGGCAGGGAUGUUCCGCGUUCCGCGUGAUCACGCCCAACAUUGAUGAGGAAGCGGCCAUGAUGGAGGACGUGGGCAUGCAGGACGUCCACUUCAAUGAGGAGGUGCUAAUGGAGCUGCUGGAGGAGUGUGCUGAUGGUCUGUGGAAGGCAGAGCGUUAUGAACUCAUCUCCGACAUCUACAGACUCAUUAUCCCCAUCUAUGAGCAGAGGAGAGACUUUGAGAAACUGGCCCACCUGUAUGACACGCUUCACCGGGCCUAUACGAAGGUGAUGGAGGUCAUGCACUCGGGCAAGAGGCUGCUGGGCACCUACUUCAGAGUGGCCUUCUUCGGCCAGGGCUUCUUCGAGGACGAGGACGGGAAGGAGUAUAUCUACAAGGAGCCCAAGUUCACGCCCCUCUCUGAGAUCUCCCAGCGGCUGCUCAAGCUCUACUCGGACAAGUUCGGCCCCGACAACGUCAAAAUGAUCCAGGACUCUGGGAGGGUGAACCCCAAGGACCUGGACUCCAAGUUCGCCUACAUCCAGGUGACGCACGUGACGCCGUACCUGGAGGAGAAGGAGCUGGAGGAGCGCCGCACCGACUUUGAGCGCAGCCACAACAUCCGCCGCUUCGUCUUCGAGACGCCCUUCACCGUGUCGGGGAAGAAGCAAGGCGGCGUGGAGGAGCAGUGCAAGCGCCGCAUCGUCCUCACCACCACUCACUGUUUCCCGUACGUGAAGAAGCGGAUCGCGGUCAUGUACCAGCACCACACGGACCUGAGCCCCAUCGAGGUGGCCAUCGACGAGAUGAGCGGCAAGGUGGGCGAGCUGCGGGCGCUCUGCUCGGCCAGCGACGUGGACAUGAUCCGCCUGCAGCUCAAGCUCCAGGGCAGCAUCAGCGUACAGGUGAAUGCGGGCCCGUUAGCGUACGCUAGAGCGUUCCUCGACGACGGCUGCCAGAAGAAAUACCCAGACAACAAAGUCAAGCAGCUCAAAGAGGUCUUCAGGCAAUUUGUGGACGCCUGUGGCCAAGGCCUGGGCGUGAAUGAGCGCCUGAUCAAGGAGGACCAGCAGGAGUACCACGACGAGAUGAAGGCCAACUACAGGGACCUGACCCGAGAGCUGUCGGCCAUCAUGCACGAACAGAUUUUUCCAGUUGAGGACGGGGUGGCAAAAAACGCUCUCUCUGAUUCGAUGCACAUCUUCAACGCCAUCAGCGGCACCCCUGGCGGUGGUGCCACCCUCCAUGGCCUGCCCACUGCCACCUCCACCGUGUGACCUUUCACCUCUGACCUCCGACCUUCGACCUUCUCAGAGGAAGAUAAAAAAAAAAGAGACGUGCUGCUUUACAGGAAAAGAGCCACAAAAAGACUGAAGUGGAAUUGAAGAAGAGAUAAAGAAAAAAAGAAGGGAGACCAACAGAAAGAGAAGGGGCAAAAGGAAAAAACAUUUUCACUCAGUGAAUUUUUUUUGUAGACCGCCUGCUUCAACAGAUUAAAAGUAUAUUGCUGUAUCUGAAAAUGAAGGGCAAUUCUAUUCUCGCAGUUGGUCGGUGUGACUCAUUUGAACGACCUCGUCUCCGUGACAGAAACAUGGCCUGGAAUAGUGGAACAUGGACACGGA